AAUGUAGCUCCUUUCUCAUAUUAAGAUUUCACAGAGAUCCCUUGAUUAUUAGAAGAUAAUAGUUUUGAUAAUUCGUUACUUAUUAACAAUCCUAACCCUAUUCCAUUUGGAUUUUUCUCCUGAUUUUGUUAGUCCUCAACUCUUGCAAAUUCCUAAAAAAGCUUAUCCAAAUUCUCAGGCUUUAUACCUAAGCCAGUGUCACUUACUAAGAUUUUAAAGUUUUAGGUUUUCUUCAUAUACUCACAGGUAAUUACUAUUUGUCCUUUUGCCAUUGAAUAUUUAACAGCAUUGCUUAACAGAUUCAUAAUGA